AUGGAAGUAAGCCAACUGAAAGCCUCAAAUCUUUCUUUAAAUCCUUGGCAACCUGAGGUGAUGGUAUCAGUGACAGGCUAUCCACCCAGGAUAGUGGUAGAAGAAGAAACAGCUCCAGAAGCAGACGAAGAAGUCAUCCCAGAAAUCAUAGAGGCACUCUCCAUUCUAGAUGUACUGAGGAUCUGUGCUGUUCUGGAAGAUACCACAGACCAGCUCUCUAUUCUCAACUAUAUCAUGCCUAUUCAGUAUGAAAGAAGACAAAGUAACACCAUGCUGGCGAUUGGUGAAGAAAGCGGCGGCUGUCCCAGUGGAGGCAACGAUGGGGCGGCCUCAGGGAAUCGGGACCAGCUGGAACGCGCCACCCCCUGGCGCUGCGGUGACCACUCACCUUCCCUGCCUGCUGCCCUGCACUGCGGUGGCCAGCGGGGAACCAUGGCCCUGCUCGUCAUGCUUCUGUCCUUGGUGGCGGGUGUUUGGGGGAAUGAGUUUAGUGUAUUACGAUCACCAGAGUAUGUUGUUUUCCGCAAUGGCAAUUGGUCUCUACCAGGAGAGCGAAUCCCAGACGUGGCCGCGUUGGCCAUGGGCUUCUCUGUGGAAGAAGAACUUGCUUGGCCUGGACUUGCCGUGGGUAACCUGUUCCAUCGUCCUCAGGCUACUGUGAUGGUGACAGUGAAGGGAGUGGACAGGCUCGCUCUACCCCCAGGCAGCGUCACUUCCUACCCUUUGGAGAAUGCAGCUCCUUUCAGUCUUGACAGUGUUGCCAAUUCCAUUCAUUCCUUAUUUUCUCAAGAAACUCCCGUAGUUUUGCAGUUGGCUCCCAGUGAGGAAAGAGUGUAUAUGGUAGGGAAGGCCAACUCAGUUUUUGAAGAUCUUUCAGUAACCUUAGGACAGCUCCGCCAUCGCCUGCUUCAAGAAAACUCUGUUCUUCAUUCAUUUCCCCUUAAUUCCCUGAGUAGUAACAAUGAAGUUGACCUGCUCUUUCUUUCUGAACUGCAAGUUCUGUGUGAUAUUUCAAGUUUGCUGUCUCGACAUAAGCAUCUAGCCAAGGAUCAUUCUCCUGAUCUAUAUUCACUGGAACUGGCAGGUCUGGAUGAAAUUGGGAAACAUUACGGAGAAGAAUCUGAACAAUUCAGAGAUGCUUCUAAGGUCCUUGUUGAUGCUCUGCAGAAGUUUGCAGAUGGCAUGUAUAGUCUUUAUGAUGGGAACGCAGUGGUAGAGCUAGUGACUGUCAGAUCAUAUGACACAUCACUUGUGAGGAAGACGAGGACUAUCCUUGAGACAAAACAAGAAAAGAACCCAGCAAGUCCCUAUAACCUUGCAUAUAAGUAUCAUUUUGAGUAUGCAGUGGUUUUCAACAUGAUACUUUGGGUAACGAUCUUCUUGGCCUUGGCUGUGAUUAUCACUUCUUACAAUAUUUGGAACAUGGAUCCUGGAUAUGAUAGCAUCAUUUAUAGGAUGACAAACCAGAAGAUUCGAGUGGAUUGA